AAGGGCACGCGCUCCGCACGCCACUGUACUUGACACAACACGGUACAGUGCGCCGAGCGGGGUGUUCGUGCGAGUUGCAGCGGCUACAGACCGCAGAAGAUACAAGAAGAUACAAGCCACAGCUACGACAACUACAGCAAUUACACCUGCAGCAAUUACCACAGCGACCGCUGAACAGCAAGUUUACUACAGCUGUAAGAAUUAAUAAUCUAUAUCGAUAGCUACUACUGCUACAACUUCAGCUAAAGUCGGCAAGUAGACGAUUACGGCAGCCGUAACAACAACAGCAAUUGCAACUGAACAAUAACAACAGCGGCUACUGCAGCUAAACAUUCACGCAAAGUCAAUCGCAUUACACAACAUUUGCAGCUCCGCCAACGACGCGAUAAAGCAGACGCAAUCACAGCAGCAGAAAUCGGAGGUAGCAACCGAAGCAGAAGCAAUUAAAGGCAGCGACAACAACAGCGAUAGAAGCAAGCAGCGACGUCGACAGUCUGCAGGACCGGCUCGGCUCGGCUCACGUGGCCGCCUUGGGUCUGAUCCCAAAGCCCCCGACGAUGCUCCGGCGUGGAGCGGCGGUGAUCGUCCGGGCAGGACGAGUGAGCCCUGGGCCCCGCACGUCGGGGGGUCCCAGACCUCUGGGCUCCCUGCCGCUGAUCGGCACGAGGCCGUCCAGCAGCACCGCUGAGCAAGGAGGCCUCACGGGCCCUGCCCUGGUCGAGAGGAUCAUCCGCGUGGACCACGCCGGGGAGUACGGGGCGGACCGCAUCUACGCGGGGCAGUUCGCCGUGUUGGGGGGCAGCAGCGUGGCACCCGUCAUCAAGAGGAUGUGGGAUCAGGAGAAGGAGCACCUGGCGAAGUUUGAGGAGUUGAUAUCGCGGCACCGCGUACGUCCCACUGCCCUGCUGCCCUUGUGGAAUGUGGCCGGGUUCUUGCUUGGCGCGGGCUCGGCACUGCUGGGGAAGGAGGGCGCCAUGGCGUGCACGGUGGCGGUGGAGGAGAGCAUCUCGGAGCACUACAACAACCAGAUCCGCACGCUCGUCGAGGAGGACCCGGAGAAGCACGCGGAGCUGCUCGAGUUGCUAAGGAAGUUCCGUGACGAUGAGAUGGAACACCACGACACGGGCCUGCAGCACAAUGCCGAGCUGGCCCCUGCUUACGCAUUGCUGAAGUCCGCUAUUCAGGUCGGCUGCAAGGUGGCCGUCUACGCCUCCGAGCGCGUAUGAGUGGUGUGGCGGCGUGGUCGAUCAUCGCGCACUGAGCGUCACCCUGGGACUGACGUUGCUGGGAGGUGGCAAGCGGUGCCCGGGGUGAGGUGGGGGUGGUGGGUGGUGGUCACCUACCUGGAAAAGUGGGGAGGGGGGAGGUCAGUGGCAGCAAUGUAAUGCUGCCCCCCCCCCCACUGCCCCAUCCAUCACUGAACCCACAGUUCAAUCCGUGUUCCACAACGGAUGCAAACCAUUCUACUUCCAAAGCCACGGAGACUGAAUCAUGUGAGCGUAAUGAGUCAAGUGGCGCCGGGGGCUUUAUGGCGAGCUACUGAGAGUUGUUGAUGCAUUAUGUCAUUGUAGGAACACCAGGCCGUUAUUUGCCCAUUCGAUCACAAAGUCACGGGCAACAGACGGAACAAAAGCGGUGUCAGUGAAACUGUGCAUUGUGAGAGCCCUAGAUUCCAGGCCGUGCUUGUUCCUCGGCACCUACUAAUCACACGUACAAUGCAAUACAAUUAGGAUUUGUAUAGCGUCUAAAUGCGACCGCGUAUCAAGAUGCCGUACAGAAACAGUGGGCAUAUUUAAUUCUGAGAUAUGGCCAAUCGGUCAUAGGCGGAGGGAAAGAGGUAGGUCACGAGCCUGGAUGUGAACAGGGCCAGGGAGUCGACAGCACUGAUGGCUGUGGAAAGGGAGUUUUAGACUUGGGGGGGGGGGGGGGGGGUAGCAGAGGAGAAUGAGCGACCUCUCGCUUGCGAUAGAAGUGAAACCUAGAACUCUGGGGUGGACCAACUUCUAGAGUUGGCUCUCCGACGCGUAUUCGGGUCGUGCCACGUACUGAUCGGCCUGAUGUCCGACGUUUCACUCUGCAUGCUGGAAGCUUCUUCAGGAACUGAAUUAAUCCUGGGACAGACAGCACUACUAUGGAAACGAACACAGGCACUUGUUUUUUUUUGCGAUCAUUUUUUUGUAGCCCGUGCAGCUGCCAGGGAUAUGUGGCCUUGCCGUUAAAGCGCGCGCGCGCUGUUUGCAUGAAAGGCGUCGUAGAGCGUUUGACUUGUGCGUGUCAGAUCCCAGAGUAUCUCGUUGCUUUCGGUGGCGCUGUAAGCAGUGUGCCGAGUUGUCUUGUGUUGUGCUGGUUAUAAUAAAGCGUUAUUAAAAA